AUGCAGGGGGUUUUCUAUGUCGAAAUCGGUCUUUAUGACGCAGGCGACAGGAACGAUCUCGUGAAGGGUCGGCACUUUGUCGCUGGUCGGACGGGAGGAAGAGAAAGAAGCCUUUUCUUUUUGAAGAACUGUUUUAGAGGUUUUGCCAUGGUUCAUACUUUGCUUUUCUAUUUUCUGGGGUUUUAUUGUAUGGCAACGAGGAGGAACAAAAAUAUACAAGCCAAGCUGAAAAAAUUCGCNGGCACUGGAAAAACCAGUUUAGUGUUAAGAUUUGUCAAAGGACAAUUCUUUGACUUCCAGGAGCCAACAAUUGGAGCAGCCUUCUUUACUCAGCUACUUUCUCUAAAUGAAGCAACCAUCAAGUUUGACAUAUGGGACACUGCAGGACAAGAGCGGUACCACAGUUUAGCUCCCAUGUACUACCGUGGUGCAGCAGCUGCUGUUGUAGUCUAUGAUAUCACUAGCAAGGAUUCAUUUGAAAGAGCUAAAAAGUGGGUGCAACAGCUCCAAAGACAAGGAAAUCCAAAUUUGGUGACUGUUUUAGUGGCCAAUAAGGCUGACUUGGAUUCAGAAAGAAUGGUGGACAAUGAGGAAGGAGACCAAUAUGCUAAAGAGAAUGGCUUGCUAUUCUUUGAAACGUCAGCAAAAACUGCUCAGAAUAUAAACGAGCUCUUCCAUGUAAUAGCAAAGAGAUUAGCUAGUGCUGCCCCAGCUCGCCUAGGUGGAAUGAAACUAGGCAGCACAACAGGGGAAGGAGAGAGGAGACUAUUCUGUUGCUCUGCAUGAGAUUACAUUACAGUGAGUUCUUAUACGUACUAUGUUUAUUUUGCAAUGGUCAUGGGAUGGUAAUUCUGUACUGAAUGUGCAGUGUUCAUACGAUUCCUUGUCCUUUUGCAUCAUAUAAAAAUCAGAAAGAUGUGAUGCAUCAUUGUUGAUCGGUGCUUUAUCCUACAGGAGAUACAUGAUAUAUAAUUCCUGCAAAGUAAUGAUUA